AUUAAGUAUUCCUAUCAAAAUUUGAAAACAAAAAUAAGAAAAGAAUGUGAAUGUUUUUAUUUUAUAUACGGCUUAUGUACGCGAUAAAACAUGCGAUAAGGUCAGGUCGUAUCCUUCUUUAUUAUCAUAAUGUGUAAGAUAAUAAUGCAUGUGUACGUGUUAAGCUAUAAUGAAUAAAUGUGUAAAUAUAUUCCGGCAGGAAGUAUUAUCGUUUAACCAUUGUUAAGCGUUGGAGCGUAUUAUUUUGUUAUGUUUAAACAUGUCUCUCAACGACGUUAAUGUUUAAGGGCUUUUAACUUAAAUUUGUUGCUUUAAUCAGUCAGUGAUAUUGGAGUUUACAGCGUUAGCACAACUUUUUAUACCUUACAAUGUCUGGGUUAGAAGUUGUGGAUGCUGGAGGAGAUGUAGUUCAACUUGUGGAUGUAGACGGAUACAGAGUUUGUACCUUUGACAGGGAGCCGGAGAAGGAAGCUGAUAUCGUGCGGGAGAUCAAAAACUUUAAUUGUAGACACGAUGAUGUAUUUAUAAUAGCACCGCCUAAAUCGGGAACUCACUGGGUUUGGGAGAUCAUAAGUAUGCUGUAUGAGGGCCGCGCAGAAACUAUGCAAAAAAGUAAGUCUCAUCAGAUGUUAGAGCACCAGACUGCAGAUAUUCUAGAGGGUAUAAAGUCACCUAGAAUCCUCGACUCCCACCUUGAUAUACAACACCUACCGAAACAGAUAUUUGAACAACGGUUGAAGAUCGUGCAUGUUUUACGAAACCCCAAAGACUUGCUCGUGUCGUAUUACAACCACGUGAAAGGGAUACUUUGCUACGGCUAUAACGGAAAAUGGGAAAACUUCUUCAGUUUGUUCCUGAACGAUGAGUUGGAUUAUGGUUCCUGGUUUCAAUAUGUGAGAGAAUGGGAGAAGUUUAUUAGAGAAAACCCCAGCCAUCCUAUUCAUGUAAUGUUCUACGAAGAUUUGCAGGAAAACAGCAUAGGAGAAAUUAAACGUCUGGCGACUUUUUUGGAACUAGAACCGAGUGAAGAACUCAUUCAUGCGAUUUCUGAGAAAUGCAAAUUCGGUAACAUGUAUAAAGACAAAAUGUAUCCGGACAGUGUUCGACGAGAGGUAUACAGAGGUGACUUUACGAUGUAUCGAAAAGGAACGGUGGGUGACUGGAAAAAUUGGUUUACGGUAACGCAGAAUGAAGUGUUUGAUCAACAUUAUAAACAGAAAAUGGCUGGUAGUAACUUACAGUUUAAAUAUACAUUAUCUUGAAGGAUUGUGUAGGAUAAGGAAGAGGAGAAAUUACUACCAGAAAAAAAAUAACGCAACAUAUUACUGCAUAUAGGCCUACUUUGUGUUGAAACGAAAUAAAUGGAAAGUAUAUUGUAGGAAUUAAUGGAAAUUGAGCCGCGGCGAUACAAAUAUUUUGUCUCUCAGUAGCGGAAAAAUGCUCUUUUUAGUAUGGCCAUUGGAUUUUAUGUUCUUUGCAGAAAUACUCUGCAUGCCUCGAUGAAUUUUUUUAUGCAAAUAAAAAAAUGUUAAAUAAGAUUUCGCACAAUAAUUUUCUCUUAAAUUCGAGGAAGGUAAUAAUAACACCAAGUACUUUAAUACAGCCUAGCAUGCAAGACAGUUGCAGGAUAUUUCUAACGUUAACCUUGAAGAAAGGAUAUAAGUAUUAGACAAAGUAUUUACGGUAUCGAAAUUGGAUAACACGCCUCUCUGAGGCACAUAAUAUGAACAAUUGCACGAAGAUAAUUUUAUUGAAUUGAACUAAGCUUUAAUAACAUGUUUAUAAAAUAGGAUAUUUGACUGUAUUUGAAAUUCACCAUGAUAACAUACUGGAAAUAGGAAUUGUUUUAUAUAAAGAUGCGAAAUGUCACAUAUUUAGAAAAAGGCUAUUCUUCGUCACUAUCAGGAAUGUCCAACCACAGUCUCCGCGAAGAUGGUUGUCGGCUUUGUAUUCUCUUUCUUUCUGGUUCCAUUUCAACGAUUACCUGUAUAAAUAGAAGCCAAAGUAAUUCAGUUGUUUGGCCGAAGCUGAGUCCUAUAGUUCCAAUAAGUUUGACAUAUUUCUUGGAACCUCUUAUAUUUGACCCAUUGUUUUAAUAUUUUUACUACAUUUUCGCAAUUUGAAGAUGAUCAAUAAGAGAAAAUUAGCCAAAUGAGUCAUUUUUUCGUCUUUUGUUUUGUUUUGUUUGUAAGUUUAUUUACAGUCACCAGCGGUAAUUAAUCCAUAUGGGCAACUCUUUUAGAAUACUGUUAGUGGGAGGAUAGUGCAAGAUACAGAAGAAGCUUUCCUGAUACUUUAGCAUGCCAGAUGUAAAGCACCCAAACUCGGGACUCUUAUCCCAACGUUAGUAAUUUUUAGUUGGAGGAGCGGGGGCUUUUUGAACCCAUGACCCCUGGUUUCGUAGUCCGACACAGACCACUAGACCACUGCGCACACUCUUCCUCAUUUGUUCUGCUCUCUCGAAAACAUAAAAUAAAUAUUUAUGUAAUAUGUAUAUACUAAAAGUAUUUUACAAAAUAAAGUAAAAUAACUUUUC